AUGGCUUACAACGCGCUAAACAACGAGCCCAGCUCGCCCUUGACCGAGAUUUCGGAUUCAGAUCUCUCUAUUCUUUCUCGGUCGCCCACUCCACCAGCUGAGCUUAACAAAUCCUUCGCUCAACGUCGCGCAUACAUGUCCCCAUCCUCCUCGCGACGCUCAUCCGCCAAGACGUCACCCGCGCCCGAAGACAUGCCUUCUCCCCCGUCCAGCAACGACGACAACCCGCGUCCAGUAAAGAGGAGGAAGACGGCAGAGCCCAAGGAGCGCACGGCAGAAUACCUUGACCUCUCCAGGUCCGACGUCGAACAAGACGAGCUACCACAGCUGCAGCGCUUGCUGAGCGUUCUGCACAAGAAGCGCAAGAUUGUGGUUAUAGCAGGUGCAGGCAUUUCGGUUUCGGCUGGCAUUCCCGAUUUCCGAUCAGCUACUGGCCUCUUCAACACGCUCAAAAAGGAGCACAAGCUCAAGUCCUCUGGCAAGGACCUCUUCGACGCGUCUGUUUACCAGGAUGACACGUCCACGUCGACAUUCCACGACAUGGUGCGCACGCUGUCCCAGCACACGAAAUCUGCGCAGCCCACCGCCUUCCACCACCUUCUCGCGACCCUAGCCCAAGAAGGGCGUCUCAUGCGGCUUUACACCCAGAACGUCGACGGCAUAGACACCUCAUUACCCCCUCUAAGCACAACGGUGCCUUUGCCCAAGAAAGGACCUUGGCCCAAGACUGUCCAAGUGCAUGGUGGUCUGGAUUACAUGGUGUGCUCCAAGUGUCAGAAGGUGGAGCCUUUCGACGCCGAGCAGUUCAACGGGCCUAGCCCACCACCCUGCCCAAGCUGUGUGGAGAACGACGAGAUCCGCCAAGUCGCAGACAAGCGCAGCCACGGCAUUGGCCGCCUGCGUCCUCGUAUGGUCCUCUACAACGAACAUAAUCCUGAUGAUGAGUCGAUCGGUUCUUGUGCGUCCUAUGACAUGCGCAUGAGGCCAGACGCUGUUAUCGUGGCUGGCACCACGUUGAAGGUCCCCGGUGUGCGGCGCAUCGCCCGCGAGAUGUGCAACAUUGUUCGCGACCGGAAGGAUGGAGUCACGGUCUGGCUGAAUAACGACCCGGAGCCGAUGGGUAAAGAUCUCGAGGACAAGUGGGACCUAGUAGUCAAAGGUCCUUGCGAUGAAGUCGCGCGCCAUGCUAAUAUGCGACGAUGGGACGACCCCAUGGACUAUAAGACAGUCACAGAAGAGGAUCUCAACAAAGUCAGGGAGAAGCAAAGAGCAGAGGUCAUCAUCGGAACUCCUCGAAAGCCUGGUGUCCUACGCAAUGCAGGCCAGCUCACACCUGGACAGAGCCCCCGCAUAUUACCACUAUCGUUUAACAAAGCGGAACCAGACACCCCGUCCAAGAAAGGCACAAAGAGGAAGGCAGACGCGAAGGCAGACGGGCAAAUGGAUCUGUUCGGCAAGCCCGCAACCAAAGCACCCGCAAAGAAGCCGAAAGCACAGCCAAAGAAGGCAACAGCAGCAAGCAAGAGCAAGGCGGGCAAGAAGGAGCCGAAGAAAGAGGCUCCCGCCAUCAACAACGUCUUCAAGGCUACAAAGGGCGGCGCCAAACCUACCGGCAAGCCUCUGGCCAAAGCAUCUGAUCCGGCCCUUACCAUUAUCGAGUCAAAGUUCAACGAGCAGACGCGGCUCAAUCCGAAGGAGAACGCCAGCGACACGAUUCACAUCGAGAAGCGACGGACUCCAUCGACCCCCAGGAAGCCAGCAAGACUGACCAAGAUAAAGUCAGAUUUUGUGUUCCAGCCUGUUUCGAGUGCAGAUAGCCGCAACAACCACUCACCGAAGCGACCACCAAUCGAAAGCUUCACACCUACAAAGGACCGUACACCCAGUGCUCAAAUUCAGGAGGAGAUGGCAUACGCGCAUGCGACGUCGUCUACGAGUGAUUCUCGUCCUUCAUCCUCGGGCAGCGCACAGCGGCACAUCAUCGAGAGUCCAACCGGCCCGGUACCCAAAAACAUGAAUCACCUUCUCUGCUAG